AUGGAGGACACACCCGGCACAUGGGGUGUCUUGGCCUACUGGAACGAUCAGAUUCAUGGGUUCGAUGGCAAGGAGCCUGCCGAGCCGCCUAAAGACACCUUCGGUCUCCCCAAAGUCCUGGUUCGGCGGGGCACGAAUCCGUUGCUGCGACUGGUGGAUGAGGUGCGCGAGCUGAGGCAGGUGGUUGAGUGGAAGGAGGAUAUUCAGGACUUGUUUGGUGAGGCGGAACUAGAGCCAGAGCCAGAGCAGCGCGUGGUGGAGCUGAGCGUCAAGGUCGACAGCCUGCAGGAGAAGAGGGACAACCAACAGCAGAUCGACCAGAUCACGGCGAUAAAUAAUAUCGAGAGCCUCGUGAGCAAGAUCGACGACCUCAAGGCUAAGAAUUUCCGGAGCCAGGAAGAGAUGAAGCGCUCGGCAGGCAUCCAGACUGAGGCGGCAUUUUUUAAGGCUAAGAACGAGAACCUGCAGCUGGACCUGACGGAGGUCCGCAAGGAGCUCGAAGAGACCAUCAAGAAUCUCGGCUUUGUGAAAAGAUCUGCAAAUCUAUCCUUCUGCGUGAGGGAGAAAUGGAACGAUCCGACCUCCACCGAUGAAGCGCGGAGCGAGGAGUUUCCUCAGUGGAAGAACCUGAACUCGUUCGUUGCGCGACUUACAAGUUUGGGGUUUACCCCUUGGCUCAACCUGCCGAUCUGGCAACUCAGGAUAGCGCUCGAGGAGCUGCUGGUGAAGGGCGCCGCAAUGGAAUGUCGGGUAUGGGUUGCGAGCGAGUGGAUGCUUCGUUGCGCGGAUCUCAGCUCCAAGGACAUGAACUCGAAUAAAGAGCUUAACGCGGGCACGGCUCGGUCGCUCAGGGUAGGCUCGCUCUACGAUGGCAAUCGCCUCUGA